AUGCAGCUGACCAAGACUCUUCUCUUCGCCCUCAUCGGCACGGCCUUCGCAGCUCCCGCUGAGAGGCGCCAAGCCUCCGUUAUCCAGGGGGCCGUCACUGAGGUUCAGGGCGCCCUGUCGAAGCUCGAGACCGCCGUGAAGGGCGUUGGAGACGACGUUGCUUCUGCACAGCCCGUUCUGGCCGCCGCUACCGAUGCCCAGGCUGUCAUCACCAAGGCCGGCCAAGAUAUCCAGGCCGCCCAGCCAUUGCAGCUCCAGGAGGCUCUCGGCCUCCAGCAGAUCGCCGGCGACCUCCAGACCUCUGCGUCUGGUCUGAUUGACACUCUCAUCUCCAAGAAGCCCAACUUUGACAAGAUUGGCGUCUCCAACGUUGUCCUCCAGAACCUUCAGCAGCAAAAGACGAGCACACAAUCUCUCGGCCAGUCUCUCAUCUCCAAGGUUCCUGCCAUCGGUCAGGGUAUCGCGCAGCAGGCCGUUGAUCAGGUCUCCGCCGUUAUCGACAAAGGCAUCCAGGCCUACUCUGCCGGCGGCGCUGCCGCUCCCGCCGUCGCUCAGCCAGUGGCUAAACCUGGCAAUGGUACUGCUACUCCUGCUGCUGCUCCCGCUAAGCCCAAAACUCCCGCUGCUUCCCCUGCCACCCCGAAGACUCCUGCUGCUGCUCCUGCUGCCCCUGCUGCCCCCGCUGGGGCCGCUGGGGGUCUCCAGGGCUUGCUCGGUCUUCUCGGUGGUGCGGGCGGUGCGGGCGGUGCCAAUGGUGGUGCCGCUGGAUUGGGUGGCCUCCUUUCAGGCCUCACGGGAGGUGCAGCUGGUGGUGGCGCUGGUGCUGGUGCCGGAGGACUCGGUGCCCUUCUCGGCGGUCUCGGUGGUCUUGGUGGUGCGGCCGGAGGUGCGGGUGGUGGUGCCGCGACGAAGGCGAACGUGGUCGAUUUCGCACAAGACGCAGCAGAGGAGGAUGAGGAAUAA